CCCUUUUCUGUUCACUCCUCAUAGCAUCGUUGUCAUCAUUUUAAUACUCUUGCAAAAAUGACUUCACCAGCUGUCUUCGCCGCCGUCUCUGCCGUCGCCCCCGUCUCCGUCGUCCCCGCCGUCUCUGAAGACGCCGCCGUCUCCGCCGUCUCCGCCGCCGCCGCCGUCCCAUACACCACUUUCGGCUCACUCCGACUUGGCAGGACCGCCCAGUCUUUGGUCGGUAGACUCAUCCGGUUCUGGGAUGCUAAGGAUAUCGAUAAGAACGGGGAACUAUUGGGAAUAACCUUUCUACUACUUGAUGAGAAGGACUCGGUGAUACACGGUUUCAUCCCCGCUAACCGGGUCAGCCAUUACCGGUCAUCACUGGUGCCCGGUUCAAUUGUCAGAUUGGAGUGCUUUGAGGUUGCAAGGGUGUCCCAUAUGUAUAAGGUCACCGAACAUCAGUUCGUGAUUCGAUUCCUUCCUUCAACACGAAUGGUCGGAGUCCAAGUGGUUGGUCCUGUGAUCAAAACCAACAGAUUCAUGGUGAGGCGUAUUGGCCAUCUGCAAGUUCUUGCCAAUACUAACUUGGAGCUUCCAGAUGUUGUAGGAGAGAUCCGAUCGGUGCAGGGUUCCGAUCUGGAGAACAACGCAGACACGAGCAGGAUUCUUGUCCGUCUCCUGAUCGAACCGGCUGUGACCGUUUAUGUGUCCUUACGGGAUGAUGCUGCAUCAAGCUUCAGGGGUUUUUUGAAGGUUGCGGAUAGGUCCCAGUCUGUUAUGUUGGUGACCUCGGUUAGUCCUAAGCUGUUUGGAGGGAACCUGUACUUGAAUUCCACCCAAGGAACUAGGUUCUUUUUUGACACCGGCCUCCCUGAGAUAGCAGAGUUUGUGAGCAGUAUCGGAGCUACAGCAGCUCAGGGAUACACCUAUGUGACUCAGGAGCACCUUGAGAGCUUCCCUCCCCACGUUGAGGAAAACGUCGGACUUGCAGCUUCAUCUUCUGGGCCUGCUAUGUUGGGAAACAAGAUGGAUGAGGAGUGUGCUUCAGACACCCCUCCAGGGGAGUCAGAUGCUCAGAAGAAGCGCAAGAGUGGUGGCAGUGAGUAAUUGGGAAACCUUUUCCCGUUUAGCCCGUCAAAACCUUUAUCUAUGUUUUUAAGAGAACUUCUACUAGCUUUGUCAAACCCUCUAUCUAUGCUUUCGUUUUGCCAUUUCGUAUGCAAGGAUUUUUUAUUUCUGAUUUUAAUUAUUAAUGAAUCCUUGAC